AUGCGUCUCCCAUACAAAGACCCCGAAACCAUAUCUUCCCCCGAAGACACCGCCAUCGUCGACCGCGUGCGAGCCCGCCGUACUCCGAGACCCCUCCAACCGCUCGAUCUCACUCUCCUACACUCACCGGCCGUCGCAGACGGCUGGAACUCGUUCCUCGGGGCCAUCCGCACAAAGACGACCCUGGCUGAUGAUACAAGGGAGAUUGCGAUAUGCAGAGUAGCUGUGGUGAACGAGGCAUGGUAUGAGUGGAUGCAUCAUGCGCCUUUGGCAAAGGCAGGAGGUGUGAGUGAGGAGGGCAUGAAGCUGCUUGGCGAGAAGGAGCUAGAUGGCAAGAAGGAGGGCGGGUUGAGCGAGAAGCAGUGGGCGGUUGUUAGGUUUACGGAUUCUAUGACGAGGAGUGUUAAGGUUGAUGAUGCUGUGUUUGCGGAACUCAAGAAGCACUUUUCCGAGAAGGAGGUUGUAGAGAUUACGGCUACGGUUGCUGCGUAUAACUGCGUUAGUAGAUUCUUGGUUGCUUUGGAUGUUGGAGAGAAGAACAGUGUUAAAGGACCUGGGCAUUAG